AUGGCCGCCGCGCUCGUCCCGCCCUCGGCGCCGCAGCUCCACCGCCAUCUCUGCUGGCUCCUCGCCGACGCCUCCGCCCCUUCCUCGUCCAGCGCGCCUCUGCUCAGGCUCACAUCGGGCUCCUCAUCGUCCUCCUCGACCUGCUCCUCCCACUCGCGCUCCUCUCCAACUUCCUCCCUGCCGGCGCCCCAUCCUUUCCGCUCCCCUCCCCUCCAUAGGCUUGUGAAGGAAGGGGCCAGCCAAGGAGAAGCUCAUGUGCUGCACGUCGUCUACAGGAUCAACAUUGAAGUAAAAGAAAGAAAAAGAACCCCCACCCCCGGGGCAGCCCAACCACCAAACCCUAUCCCCUCCCCAGAUCCAUCAUCGCCGCCCCCUCUCGCCUCUCCCCCGAUUCACUCCCGCCGCCGCCUCCGCCCCCUUCUCCCCAGACUGAGAGAGAGGCACCGCCGCAACGGAGAGAGGGGCGCCGCCGUGGCCCGGACUCUCCUCCGCCUCCUCCCCCCACAACUCGCCCACACCAAAUCCGUCUCAGCCACCGCCCAGCCAGAGAGCGAUUCACCGUCGCCGUCACCGCUGCCGCCGCCGUCAAGCCCCUCUCACCACCUAACAGCCUCACCCUCGCGGCCCCCGCCCCCUCACGGGCCCCGCGUCUCCCGCAAGAAUCGCACCCGCCCGCCUAGGGUUUCCGCCGCCGCCGGAGAGGAGGGGAGGGGAGGAGCGGAACCAGGGCGAGAUGGCCGGACGGCUCCUCGGGCAACUCCUCGUCAUGGGCGGCGCCGUCGUCGGCAGGGCCGUGGUCCAGGCCUACCGCCAGGCCAUCGUCAAUUCUUCGGUGGAGGUGACCCAUGUGAUGGCGAUUCACUCCAUCCGCUCCGGUUCCAGCGGCGGCGGUGGUGGUGCUCCUAUGAUGGCUAUACACUGGUAGGCUUGGCUGCCUCCCCUGGCCGCCGCCAUGGUGAUGAAGCUGAGCCUAGGCUACAACCCCCUCGAGGGAAGGGAUCUUGGAGUGACGGCUACCUUUGAGAUGUACCGGUGGGCUGCCAUCGGGAUGAUUCUCACGUAGACGUUGAACGAGAUGGUUUCCAGCUGUGCGCCCAGUCCUGAACUCGCCAUUUGUGUCCUCCUGCAGUUCCAGAAGGUUCGGUCGUGAACGCUAACUAUGCCCUUCUCAUUUCUGCCCAAUUCGCCAUGGAUAGGAUUCUUGCUGGUUGAGCGCAGGAACACUCUGCGUAGUUGAGGCGACAAUGCAGACCAAAUCUUCUUCAAGUACAUACCCAUCCACUGCAUCGGCUUGGAGUUGGGUAUGCACGAGGUCUCCUUUUACUUACUCCAUACUCGAAGGAGUUCCUAGGUCGAAGAAAUUCGAAGAAGCUCGAAGCCCCUGUCAACGACUUGCUUUAUAUGUUAUUGAACUUGUAAUGCAGAAUUUUCUUGGAAUUUUGAUGUAAGGCUGAUCUUGGGAAUUGGGUGUAUAUUUACUUGCUGUACUUGUUAUUCAAAUGCUGGUUGUACUUGUUAUUCAAAUGCUUGGAAUUUAAAUUUGAGCUAAAUGUAUAAAUAGUACUGAAA